AAUUAAUCUGUGGAGUCAUGAUGUUGUAGUUGGUGGAAGGGUUAACACGAAGAGAGCGUUGUGUAAAGUUCACAGUGGAAAAUGUGUCCAUGCAGCUGCUUUGGAGUCUGUCUCCUCAUCCUCUACUGCCUCCCAGUCACCACAGGUGCUGUCUCCUCACCUGUCAUCACAUUAGUAGGGGUUGACAGAUCCAUCAAUGCAGUGGUGUUAGAGUGUGAGUCUGAAGGCUGGUAUCCAGAGCCUGAGGUGUUGUGGCUGGACGGUGAGGGAAACCUCCUCUCUGCUGGACCUACAGAGACAGUCAGAGGUCCUGAUGACCUCUAUACUGUCAGCAGCAGAGUGACUGUGGAGAAGAGACACAGCAACAGCUUCACCUGUAGAGUCCAACAGAACAAAACCAACCAGACCACAGAGACAGAGAUUCAUGUUCCAGAUGAGUUCUUCGUGGCCCCAUUGUCUCAUCUUGGGCUGCCUAUGUCAGCAUGA